CCGAAGAGGACGGGUAUCGACAUCAUACAUAUCCAGCUGCAGAGUUGGACUCUCAUAUUACCUUACCGUCCGUUGAACCACCAUGGCAAACCCUUCUCGGUACUCUCCAUUGACGAAGCUUCCCAUUCAACUCCCCAUUAUUGAUAUUUCGAACACCCGCCCGGAAACGGGCAAAGCGAUGAUAGAUGCAGCCACCAAAUACGGAUUUCUAUACGUUGAUAGUGUGACCAGUGACUUUUCAGAUGAGGAUGUGGAAUCGGCUUUUGCAAUGGUAUCUACCUAACACUCUAACUCGUGUAUGCAAGAAUGAUGUACAGUACAUGCCUAAACUCGACGAUGGCAUACCAACACCUACACUUUAAAGGUACUAUCUCCAAGAUACAUCGCUGAUAGCUUUAACAUCAACCCGGACCUGUCAUCGUUGCGCUUCAUUGCUUAACAGGCGUAGAAUAGGGGCUGGACAGGUAUGCAUGUUGAGACUUUAGAUCCGAAUCAUCAAAAGAGAGGUGAUUUUAAGGAAGCAUUCAACUUCGGCGAAUUCAAGAAUGAUAAAGCGCAGCAACCUCUCCCUUCCUCCCUCGUCCCUCAUGAAGCGGAGAUAUCUCGCUUCAUGAACCUAUGCAGAAAGACAUGUGACCGUAUUCUCACCCUUCUUGCGUUGGGAUUAGGAAUCCCAUCGGAUUGGUUCACCACACGACACGAUUCCUCCAAAGGUCCCUCGGGUGUGACAUUCCGCUUCCUCUACUACCCAUCCAUCCAAUCCCCUUCGACCUCCACAUUCCAGCAAAACAUUGACGUCCGGGCCGGGGCCCACAGCGACUACGGAAGCAUCACCCUCCUCUUCCAACGCGACGGACAGCCCGGCCUCGAAAUCCAAACUCCAACGGGGGGAUGGGCACCUGUUCCCAUCCGACCCCAGCAGGAGUCCACGACGACAAGCUUCCCGCCGAUUCUGGUCAACAUCGGCGACUUGCUCAGCUACUGGACGAACGGGCUGUUGAAGUCCACCGUUCAUCGAGUUGUGUUUCCAGUGGAACAGCAGUCAGGUUCUUCUCACGGCGAUGAUAGAUAUAGCAUGGCGUAUUUCUGCCAUCCGCUGGACGAUACGGAACUUGUUCCCGUGCCUAGCAAGCUAGUUGAGCAGCAUAGAGAUGCAAUUGCCGGCUACGGGCCCAACGCCGAUAAAAUUAUGACGGCUCGCGACCAUCUUGCAAGUAGACUAGCGGCAACGUAUGGUGGCAAUCCAAAUGAGUAUAAGUAAGAUUGGAAUAAAUAUAAAUAUAUAUCUGAUCGCAUAGAUAGCCUCAAGAGUUUGCUUGAUAUAUCCCAACUGACGUAUAACAAAGCCCAAAGCCUACGAUCUACCCAUAUGAGAAUACUAUGCAGGCAUUAUGUUCAAAA